AUUUGAAGUGCUAGAUACUUUAAAACUAUUCUUAUGAGAUAAAAAGUUUAAUUUUAACAAUUAGGAGCGUUGGGGCUAUAAAUCUUAAUUUAAUGGAGGAUAAUUGUUAAAAAAAGGUUUAAUUGACAGAAAUAGAAAUUGAAGUGUUGUAAUCCAAGUGGCCAUAUUUCAAUCGACCAGUUUGAAAUGAAACUCUGAUAAGUAAAAUGCAAAGUGAUAUUUUUUGAGCGAAAUUGCUGCAAUUAAUCAACAAGAAAAAAUUAAUUAUUUCAGGAUGGAUUACAAAAACUUGAUAUGUCUCAUCGUUGCAGUCGGAGUCUGCUAUGGUCAAGAUUAUUAUGAUUAUGAAUCAAAAGAAGCACACCUGUGCAGUACUUGCUCCCCUGGCUAUGAGGUGACCAGUAAAUGUACAGAGAGCUUAGACACCGUAUGCUCACCAUGUGACUUUGGCUACUAUCAGGAUAGCUAUAUUAAGGAAGGGCCUUGCUUUCGUUGUUCGGAGUGUAAAGAAGAUGAAUUCUCAAAGAAACCAUGUUCGUCCAAAUCAGACACCUUAUGUGCUUCAUGUAAAGAUGGCGGUGGACAUGGGAAUGAGGAUUUUUUAAGUAAAUGUAAGAAUGAGGCUAAACAGAUCCAAGGAGAUGAUGACAAAGGUGGCAUCAAUGGAGCAGUUGAUUUAACUGAAGAAGAUUUGAUUACUGAAGUACCACUUGAAAAUGAGGAUGAGGAAAUUGAAGAAGAUUGGGAAUCAGAUGAGGAACCAAAUGAAGAAAUCUCAGAUGAUAUCAAUGAUGACCCAGGUGCAGAUACAGCUGAUACGGAUGAUGAUAACGACGUUGAGGUUGAAGUAGUGGAUGACAAUUUCAAUGAAACUGCCACUGACACUGACACGGAUAAUGUUAUAAUUGUUCCAGUCGAAGAAGGCUCCGGAUACCCUGAACCGGAAUCGGAAAUUAAGUUUGCUGAAAAACCGGAUGAUAAGAACGAAGAUUUAUUAUUGGAGGUUCAUGAUGAUACAACUGAACCCGGAGUGGCGGCUGCUGAAGGGGGUAAUGACGUUGAAACUGAAGAAACGACGGAUGAUGGGUCUGGUGUUCUUGUUGUACCUAUCGAUGGCGAUGAGAUUGAACCUUUUCAAGGCGGGCCAGUAGUUGCUGAUGAGGUGGAACCGAUGAUUGCUGAGGCGAAGGAUGGUGGAUCGGGGGAUGAUUCCGGCAAAGUGCCAGUAUUUGCGUUGAUCAUAACAGCUGUGGUGUGCGCCAUUGUUUUCUUUGCAGUCGGCUUCCUCAUUAAGAAGUAUGCUGUAAAGAGAGGCCUCAUUAAUGGGCAAGCGCCAGGGGACACAGAGGCCCCAUCGAAAAGCAACAACGUUUACAUUGAGAUGGAACCCAAAUCAAGCAACCACGUGGCCGAUGAAUCAGCUAAACCCCUACUCUCCAAAGAACCACCCAAAGAACCCAAAGACGCUUCAGAUAUGGACAUUGUACAGGGGGAUGUUUUCCAAGAAGACGCUGGUGGAGGCCAAAACCAGUCUCCAGUGAAUAUAGUAACAACAGAAGCUGUUUUUGAGGAAACCCUACCAACCAGACCACUAGACAUUGUUUACGUCUCUGAACGAGCCAAGGAAAUCAUCAACACGGGUCAUUCCUUCCAAAUUAAAGUAGACCCAACGCCUCCAAAUUGUUAUAUAGAAGGGGGACCACUCUCAAGCAAAUAUCAGCUAGAACAAUUCCAUUUCCACUGGGGCUCCAAGAAUGAAUGUGGUUCAGAACACACUGUUGAUGGGAAGGAAUACGCUGCCGAGUUGCAUCUAGUUCACUGGAACAGAGACAUCUAUGGUGACUUCUCAGAGGCGGUAGAGUUUGAGGCUGGGCUUUGUGUGAUAGCUGUGUUCCUUAAGGUUGAUAGAAGCCACUCAGGACUUCAGAAACUGAUGGAUAAACUAGGAGAUAUCCACUAUAAGGGUGACACACAGAACCUUGAUGAGGGAUUCAACCCGAUGUGUCUUCUUCCAUCCGAUACCACCAAGUACUGGACCUACUCCGGCUCGUUGACCACCCCGCCCUACAAUGAAACAGUCACGUGGAUAGUCCUUAAGGAACCUAUUGAUAUUGGAGAAGAACAGAUUCGCCAGUUUAGAUCUCUGUUGACAUAUGGUAAAGACGAGGGGUUCAUGCAGAAUAACUACCGGGCACCACAGGCACUGUCUGGUCGUUCAAUCUUCUCCUCGUUCAAGUCCUAAAAGGGCCCUUCAGCUGUCGGUUUCUCAAAUACAUCAUUGGAUACAUACGAUUUCAGUUGUCACAAGUGUACCAUUUUAACUGGUAAUUGAAUCACACUAUAUUUUAGAGAAACUGAGCCACACAACAGCCAUUAGCAGAUUAGUAAUACCAAGCCACUAGUUCUGUCCCCCAAGCCUUUUAAAUAGCUACAGAGGCUGAACGGGCACUGUGAGCAAACAAAAUUAGUAAAAUGUGCCAUUUACGCUCCCUUCCACAAGUUUGGUAAGCCUGAUUUCCCCCCAUUUGAUAACACCCUAAACUGUUAUUGUUCAUUUCCAAUGUUUUUAUCGGACAAGAACUUCGAUAAAAUUCUUAACAUUCACAAAACGUUAACAGGCAGUGGUGCAUGCAACAAGGGAGUUGGUGUUGCCAAACUUUUAGAGGAGAGUAUUAGUUCUUCCAUCUGUGAAAGAAAUGCCAUGGUGGCAAAGUAGAAGGAACAAUGUAAAUAGAACAAUGUCAAAAGUUACCCUCCAAAUGGACAUACAAAAAGUGAUAAUUUUCUUGAGAAAAAGAAUAAAAUUGAAACAUGUAAAAUAACACAUCUACGGGGGACAUGGCUCAUGGUAAAACAUAUUAUGUUUUUAUGGAAAUGCAUCAUUUUAUUAAGAUCAUACAUACUGCUUACAUGAAUAUUGAGUCGAUGGAAAGUUUUUGUGUUGAAAGACAGGUGGCAGGGAUGUUUGAUGUAUUUAUAUUAUUCCGAUUACACUGCCAUCUUUCAGUCAGUCAAUGAACAAUACUUCCAUCGAAAACAGGUUAAAUUAUUUGCCAGUGGAAGCUUGAAAUAUAUUUCGAAGAGGCAAAUGGGAAAUAUCAAAAAUAUCAUGAGCUGUGAACAGUCAUAAUCACAUAUUUUAAAGUCUUUUGAGGUCUGCUGGCUCUUUCAGGGCGCGUCACUGCUCGAGGAACGUUCUACUUGAAAAAGCCGAACGCCAACACUAUUUUUAUGGGACAAAAAUAGUGUGAACGUUGACCCCAAGAAAUUUUGAAAAAAUCUGUAUCUGUAGCAAAUUUAGAUGUCGCAGGAAGGUAACAUUUUUUUAACCUUGGCCAGAACUGUAAAUAUUGUUCAAUGUUUUCUCAUAUUAAUUUUGUUGUCGCUUAGCAACCACCAAAGAUGUUGUUUAAGGACAUACUGUUUUUGUAAUGAAUGUUAGCGUGCUACCCAAUGCCAUAUUAGUCAAUUGUAAAUAUGCAUUUGCUUAUCUUUUAGCAGUAUUACAAAUGUACAUAACUACACAAUUAUUACUACAUAGUAUAUUACUAUAUAUACUUUAUGUAAGUCUGGCUGAAUUAAAUGACAACAUUGUAAGAAAUGACUGAAAUGAACAUUCCAAUUUAAUUAAAGUAUACCCGGGUACGUACUAGUCACAUGUAUGUUAUAAAUAUUGUAAUAUUUGACAUUAUACGUUGAUAUGACAAAAAUAAAAUGUAAGCAAAACAAUACACAAUGUUACUGUAUCAAGGGUGAAUCUGGAAACUAACAUGGGGAGGGGCCCUAAUUAAAAGUCUGGAAAUAUUUUUUCCUGAG